AUGCAGAAAAACACUGACAAGUUUGUGGACCUCCACAUGCCAGGAAAAUACUCUGCCAGCAACCACAUCAUCAGCACCAAGGAUCACGUGUCCACCCAGAUGACUAUGGACACAGCUAACAAGGUGACAGGCAGGUUCAACAACAGGUUUAAAACCUACGCUAUCUGUGGGGUCAUUCCCAGGAUAGGUGAGUCAGAUGACUCCAUCCUCCAGCUGCCCAAGGCUGAUGGCAUGGUUUCAAAGAAAUUCUGA